AUGAGUAGCCCGAAAAGAAGAAUUGAGACCGAUGAUGUAUGCGAACCGAAUUCCGCUCCCCGUCCAAACUAUUUCCCGUCCGAUCUUAGCAGAGGAUACUCCAAAUCUCAAUCUGAGAAAAUGGGCCGCAAAACUGAGUCUGACAAGUUUAAUAGAAGUCUAGUGCAAGAGUUCUAUGUCCGCUUCAAGGGACCAGAAGAGACACCGUUCACGGGGGGUCACUGGAAGAUUCAUGUCGAACUGCCGGACCAGUAUCCCUACAAGAGCCCCAGCAUUGGAUUUGUUAACCGUAUUUUCCACCCCAACAUCGAUGAGCUGUCCGGAUCGGUUUGCCUGGAUGUCAUCAACCAAACAUGGUCUCCUAUGUAUGACAUGCUCAAUAUCUUCGAAGUCUUCCUCCCUCAGCUCCUGCGAUAUCCCAACCCAUCCGACCCGCUCAAUGGUGAAGCGGCAGCUUUGAUGAUGCGAGAGCCCAAGGCCUACGAGGCCAAAGUCAAAGAAUAUGUCUCAAAGUAUGCCAGUAAAGAAGCUGUCGAUGAGGCAGGAGAGGAUACCGAGUCUGAAGAUGAGCUCAGCUCCGCUGGGAGCUAUGAAUCCGACGGGGAGGAAGAACCAGCCGGAGCAAUGGACGACGUCUAG